UUCACAAUAACUUCACCCGGCUCGAGAGACUUGAUCUCUCCGGGAACCAGUUUAAUCAUCCUGCUGCUUCUUGUUGGUUUUGGAACAUUACAAGCCUCAAGGACCUCAUACUUUCUGGGAACAGAUUAUAUGGCCAACUCCCUGAUGCACUGGCAGAUAUGACAUCCCUCCAGGUCCUCGAUUUUUCGAUUAAUCGUCCUGUACCUAUCUCACCAAUAGGUCUGCUUCCAUCCAGCCAAGCACCCCCUUCCUCCGGUGACGAUGAUGCCGCCAUCGAAGGCAUCACUAUCAUGGCUGAGAACUUGAGAAAUCUAUGCAGUUUAGAAAUCCUGGACCUCACACAGAGUCUCUCAUCUGGAAACAUAACUGAGUUAAUUGAUAAUUUGGCGAAAUGCCCGGCCAGCAAACUGCAGCAAUUGAUUUUGAAAUACAACAAUAUCACAGGCAUCCUGCCAAUAUCAAUGGGAGUGUUUUCCAGUUUAGUAUACCUUGACCUCUCACAAAACUAUCUCACAGGACAACUGCCUUCUGAGAUAGGCAUGCUUAGAAAUCUGACAUGGAUGGACUUAAGCUACAAUGGCCUGGUUCAUUUGCCUCCUGAGAUAGGUAUGCUCACAAAUUUGGCCUAUAUCGACCUAGGCCACAACAACUUUUCUCAUCUGCCUUCUGAGAUAGGUAUGCUCUCAAAUCUAGGAUAUUUGGACCUAAGCUUCAACAACCUAGAUGGAGUCAUCACAGAGAAACACUUUGCGCAUCUAGCAAGCUUGGAGUCGAUAUAUUUGCCUUAUAAUUCCUUGGAGAUUGUGGUUGAUCCUGAAUGGUUACCUCCCUUCAGACUAAAGUAUGCAUAUUUUUAUUGUUGUCAAAUGGGCCCCAUGUUUCCUAAAUGGCUCCAAACACAAGUUGAUAUUAUUGAACUUGACAUAGCAAACACAAGUAUAAAAGAUACCUUUCCAGAAUGGUUCUGGACAACAGUUUCAAAGGCCACAUAUUUGGACAUCUCCAACAAUCAAAUCCGUGGUGGAUUGCCAACAAAUAUGGAAACCAUGUUGUUGGAGACAUUUUAUCUGGAUUCAAACCUAAUAACUGGUGAAAUACCUGAAUUGCCAAUAAACCUCGAAACACUGGACAUCUCCAACAAUUACCUAUCAGGACCUUUGCCAUCCAACAUUGGAGCUCCAAAUCUUGCUCACCUGAAUCUCUACUCCAAUCAAAUCAGUGGACAUAUUCCAGGAUAUUUAUGCAACUUGGGAGCUUUGGAGGCCUUGGACCUAGGUAACAAUCGUUUCGAGGGAGAACUUCCUCGAUGUUUUGAGAUGGGAGUAGGAAGCCUAAAAUUUCUUCGAUUAAGUAAUAAUAGAUUAUCUGGUAACUUCCCAUCUUUUCUGCGCAAAUGCAAAGAGCUACAUUUCAUCGAUCUAUCAUGGAAUAAAUUAUCAGGAAUAUUACCUAAAUGGAUUGGAGACUUGACUGAGUUACAAAUUUUACGUCUGAGCCAUAACUCAUUCUCUGGCGAUAUUCCAAGAAGCAUCACCAAACUUACAAACCUUCAUCAUUUAGAUCUUGCAAGCAAUAAUAUUUCAGGUGCUAUACCAAAUAGUUUGUCAAAAAUACUAGCGAUGAUAGGACAACCAUAUGAAGGAGCUGAUCAGACUCCUGCAGCAUCAGGAGUAAACUAUACUUCUCCUGUGGCCACAAAAGGGCAAGAGCGCCAAUAUAAUGAGGAAAAUGUGGAAGUGGUGAACAUUGACUUGUCUUCCAAUUUCUUGACCGGCGGAAUUCCUGAAGACAUAGUCUCUCUUGGUGGAUUAGUAAAUCUAAAUCUAUCAAGGAAUCACUUGAGUGGACAAAUUCCAUAUAAGAUUGGGGCCAUGAGAAUGUUGGCAUCGCUUGACCUAUCAGAGAACAAGCUCUAUGGCGAAAUCCCAGCAAGCCUAUCCAGUUUGACAUUUCUAAGUUAUUUGAACUUGUCAUAUAAUAGUCUCACAGGAAGGAUACCAUCAGGGUCACAACUUGAGACCAUCUACAAUCAACACCCUGACAUAUACAAUGGCAACAGUGGUCUCUGCGGGCCGCCACUUCAAAAGAAUUGUUCGAGUAAUAAUGUACCAAAGCAAGGUCAUAUGGAAAGAACUGGACAAGGUUUCCACAUAGAACCGUUCUUCUUUGGACUUGUAAUGGGACUCAUAGUUGGUUUAUGGUUGGUUUUCUGUACACUAUUGUUCAAGAAAUCAUGGAGGGUUGCCUACUUCCGCUUCUUCGAUAAGAUGUAUGAUAAAGCAUACGUGCUUGUGGUCGUUGGUUGGGCAAGGCUGACCAGAAAGACUGCAACAAUUUGAGGUUACUACCAAGAAGCUGAUGUGGUUAUAACAUCUUGCACGGCGCAUGGCAUUUCUUUUCUGAAUGAGAUACUAUAAGUAUUAUUUCAGUUUGUAUCUCUACGAGAGGGGAGAAAACGAAGAAUUCUAAGAUGCCGAUGUCUUUAUUAUGUUUUGCAGAGAGAUGUCAACCAUUGGUCUUCUUCGAACACAUGAGCCUUUGUAGCAUUUGUAAACUGCUUUCCUAAUUUUUCCCACUGUAACAUGUUCCACAAGCAUGGUUAAAAUCUUGAGUACUUGCCUACAUAAGACUUAUAUAGUUAACUUAUAUAUGUUGUCAUCUUUUGGGGGAAAUUAUCAAGUUGGACAGCCAAUGAUUAAUAGUAGCUUUAGCUGCUGAUGGAGAAAGGGAUUUCAAAGAUUCAGGCACUUUUUGCUAAUUUCAAAUACUUCAGCAUUUCACAUGUAUGCCCAUAGAUUUAUUAAUUAGCUUCCUUUUGGGAGAUAUUAAUUAGCUUCCUCAGCUCGGUAGCCUUUCAAAUCUCAAACACCUUGACCUCGGUUUCAUAU